CUUAAAUAUGAACUUCCUGCAGACACAGAGACUGCAGCUUAUAAUGAGAAAGACCACGAGAAAGCCGAGUGUCACCGGAGCCCAGGAAGCAUCUGUCCGCUAGGUGUCACUAUAUUGAUCUGCGCUCAAUGGGACACGCGCGUUGUUAAUGGCAGAAGAAGAGCGUCGCUAUGAUACUGCGUGAAGCUCAAUGAUGUGAUGGAGGAACAGAUUUGAAGAUGCAGGAGGAUUGUGUCUCUCUCCAGCUAUCUCUCAACGUGGUUGGGGUUUUGGAGUGUGUGGUACGCCGUUGUCUCGGUCCUGAUGGUGGAAGUGUGCUGUUCACACGUGACACAGGAGAAAUAAUCAUCACUAGACAUGGACAGCGAAUUCUCAACACACUGCACCUGGAGCACCCAAUGGCCAGGAUGGUGUUGGACUGUGUUGGUGCACAUGCUGGAGUGACUGCGGAUGGCACAAAGUCAUUUAUUCUCAUGCUGGCUGCGUUGCUCCGAGGAAUUCAGGAUUUUGCACACAUCCAUCGCAUUGGACCCUCUAAUGCCCCUUACCUCCAAAAUCUGGCUCAUCGACUGCUGGCGUUCAGUUGUCAGGAGUUGGAUGAUGUCAUAACACACAAAAUUAUCCCAUAUGCCUCAUUGUAUUGCAGUCGGCAUAGUUGCAAACAGGACAGCAGCGUCCUUGAUUUGUUAGUUGGCGGGUAUGUUGCUGGACGAUUGGGGAUUGGUCAGGCUGAUAUACUGAAACGUGUUCUGUGUGAAUUUUACCACAAAGUGAGCCACGGUCAAGACGCUGUAAAAACAAUCACAUUCCUACAUUUGCAUUUCUCGCUUUUGCAUACGACAGUGUCGGGACUUUCUAUUGGCUGUUCAGAGGUGAUCGAAGGUCUGGUUGUGACUCGUGAUUGGUCAGUGUGGACAGAACUGAAAGGAUCGGUGAAAGCGCUCGUAAUAUAUGAGAGUCUCGGGUCCCCCUAUAUUGAGGAGAGUGACAAUACAUAUCUGUGCGUUCAACGUGACUGGCUGCCGUGUAUAGAUCGAGUCCUAGAAAAGAGGUUGGCGAGCCUGUUGCACUUACAAGUGCGUGUGUUGCUGUCAUCUGUAAAGCAGCCGGAAGUUGUGACGCAGUGGGCCCGGCUGAACCACGUUGCUCUGUUGGAGUGUGUCGAUUCGGCCCGGCUGGACUUGCUUUGCCACAUGAGCGUAGCAGAGACUCUCCCUAAUCCGCCACUUCAACACCUCCUGAUGCUGAACUCCUGUAGCCGUGUCCAUCUGGGUGGACAUCGGUAUGCUUGUCUGGGAACUUCGCUUCAAACCCACACGCUUGUUUUGUGCGGACCCACUCCGGGAAUUCUUGACCAGGCUGUGUGUGUGAGCCGAGGCGUAUUUACACUGCUGCAACAUCUGUGUCAAACUAAACCUGUAAAUCAAUACACAGAUUCUGAAACUUAUGCACAAAGAGAAAACAUAGACGUACAGGAAGACCCUAAUGAUGCAGUUUCUGGCCAAUCACAAACCUUUCUUUCAUCUCGGGACUUGUGGGAUAGAGUUAUAAGAGCUGGUGGAGUGCUUCCUGUUGGCGGCACGUUUGAGUUCUUGUUACAUCACUUCCUGUCCAAUAGCCGUAACCGUGGUGACUCGGAAAGCUGUAGACUGUUGGCAGAUGCUUUACUGUGUGUGCCCAGAACUUUGUACUCCCGCAGACGCUUCAUGGACGUCCAGACACAUCUCUUAAAUGAUCUCAAGCAAGGAACCGAAGUGCAAGGGUCAGUGGAAGUUUUGGAUGCACGGUCAAAGUUUGGGCUUGGGUUCAGUUCAACACUUUCAGUGAAUUUAGAGUCAGUCAGUAGUAAACAGCAGCUGGUUGUUUCUGUGUUGCAAUGUUUGAACAGACUUUUACGUAUAGGAGCAAUUCUACACACCCGCUCUCCAGUUUUCACCAAUACUCCUGCACUGUCUGAGGAUGAUGAUGAUGAUGAGGGAUCGAAUCAAACAACAAAUAUAUGAGCUACUGUAUCUCAUGAACUGUACUCACCUGCUACAUGUAGAUUUUACAUGCAGUCACCCUAAAAUAUUAGAAUAUUCAAAAAACAAAAAGUUUCUAAAUAUUUUAUUCUUCAGAAGAAUAUCUGUUGUAUUGUAUUUUUUUAAUAAAUGCUACAAUUUGA